AUGCUCGUCCCAAAACGUAAUGCACUUUCUUCUGAACACCUUAUUACCUGUGAACGAACAAUGCUCAAGUUUGUAGACAACAAACUAGGUUCAAAAUUUGGAAUGAAAUUUAAAGUAUGGGAUUGGCAGAUACCUGAAUUAUAUGGAAUAGUUUUGGGAAUGUUUGUAAAACUUGGACUAAAGAAUACUCUUGGGAUUCGUAAAUCUGAAAUGUUGGAUUUCAUUAUCGAUGUUGAAAAAGGCUAUUUCAAAACUUCCUAUCAUUCUUUUUAUCAUGCUGUCGAUGUAGUGGCUGUCCUUUAUUAUAUUCUUACCGACUUGGGUGCUGCAAAAUAUCUAACUUCCUUGGAUGCUAUUUGCUUACUUAUAGCUGGUUUAUGUCAUGAUAUAGGUCACGUUAAUGCACGAACGGAUCUCGCUAUUAGAUAUAAUGAUCAAUCAGUGUUGGAAAAUCAUUCUUGUACUCUUACAAUGGACAUUAUAACAAACCAUGGACUUUUUCGCAAUGUACAUUCUAGUAGUAACGAAUAUUUGGGUUGUGAUCCAAAAGAUGUUGAUAUCACUCUCAAAGAUUUAAUUUCAAAAACAAUCUUGGCAACCGACAUGUCUUUUCACUUUGAUUUAUUAGAAUCUUUACAUAAUAUGAUAAAAUCUAUUUCUCCUUGUUCAUCUGAAGAAUCCGGUGAAGAAAUUGAUAAUGAUUAUUCUGAACAACGUGAACUUUUAUUAAAAGUAUUACUACACGCUGCUGAUCUUAGUAAUACUGUUCGCCCUUGGGAUAUAUCUAAAC